CAGUGAGGAGGGAGCGCCGCGCGGCAGUUAAACACACGGAGCCCCAGCGGUGUGUGUUCAGGCGUCGUUAACGAACGGGAAGGACGCAGGGGACGGCGCGUGUAGAGAGUGCGUUUUCGCGCGAGAACGCGCUCCCGCCCUCCUUCUCCUGUGGCUCUCGGCGAAGUUGGAAGGAGGAGCGCGGAGUUACAAUGCGCGGAGCGAGAGCGGGAGUGCGGCGCGCGCGCGCCCCCCCGGGACUCUGAGCGCCCGCGAGCCGCGCCGAGCGAGGACGCCUGCACCCACCCCCCCCGCGCGCGCACGCACGCACUCCCGCCACUCAGUCUGCUCGUGCUGCGCGUCCGUCCGUCGGUCCGUCUUGCGCGUCUCGGUGUCUGCGGGCGAUGUGGGUCCCGCUCGCUUCGUCUCCAGCGCUGCCGCCUCCCCGUCCACCACCACCAUGUCCCCUCGGGCCGAGGCGGUGGUCUCUGCUCCUGCUGCCGCUGCUCCUGGCGGAGGUGGUGCUGGUGGUGGCGAGUCGGGGCGACCCCGGGGCACCAGGCGUCGUCGUCAGCAACCAGAACAGCAACAACUUCCAGCAGCAGCCCCGUCCCGGGCUCAAUGUCUACAUGGGCGAAGAGGAGGUGAAGAAGCUUCUGGGUCUGGAUGCGGAGCUGUACUAUGUGAGAGAUGAUAUAAUCAACCACUAUGCCCUCUCCUUCAUCUUGCCCGUUCCCAGCGAGAUCAACAGCCUGCACUUCACCUGGCAGGCCAGGAACAAGGUGGAGUACAGGCUUGGCUUUCAGGUGGACAACCCGGCAGCCAUGACCCUUCCUCAGAGCAACAUCUCCGCCAAGGGGGAGGUGCCCCGCAGUCUCUCAGUUUUCCGAGUGGACCUCUUCUGCCUGGGGAGGCUUGACGCGGAGGUGGUGGUCACCGUGCAGCUGAACCUCACCGCCGCGGCCAACAACUUCACAGUGCUCAACUUCAAAAGGAGGAAAAUGUGCUACAAACGCAUUGAGCAGCCAGAUUCCAGGCUCCCACCGUUCUCCAGCAAGAACCUCAGCCGGCCAGUGUUGGAGAAUGUGAACCUGGCCCCCACCACCUCCACCCGGGUCUUCUACAUCAGUGUGGGUGUGUGUUGUGCCGUCAUCUUCCUGGUGGCCAUCAUCCUGGCUGUGCUUCACCUGCACAGCAUGAAGAGGGUGGAGCUGGAUGACAGCGGCAGCGAGGGCGGCAGCUCACAGGGCCUCUCCCAGCCGUCCACCCAGACGACACAGUACCUGAGGGCGGACACCCCCAACAAUGCCGCACCCAUCACCAACAGUCACCCUGGUUCUGCACCCAUCGCUCAGCUUGCUGCUGCCUCCUUCCCCAACCCUGGUGCCCCUACUCAUGACACCAAAAGCUACCCGUCGCUGCGCAUCGAGAAGAACGACUUGAAGAGCGUCACCAUGGCAGAGGCCAAGGCCAAGGUGAAGGACAUCGCCAUCUCCCGGGAGAGGGUCACGCUACGUGACGUCCUGCAGGAAGGUACCUUUGGGCGCAUUUUCCAUGGAAUUCUCCUGGACGAGAAGGACCCGAGCAAGGAGAAGCGCGUCUUUGUGAAAACAGUUAAAGAUCAUGCGUCCGAGGUGCAGGUGACGAUGAUGCUGACGGAAAGCUGCAAGCUCCGGGGUCUCCAUCACAGAAACCUGCUGCCCAUCAGCCACGUGUGCACAGAGGAUGGCGAGAAACCCAUGGUCCUGCUGCCCUACAUGAACUGGGGUAACCUCAAGCUCUUCUUGCGCCAGUGCAAAUUGGCUGAGGCCAACAACCCCCAGGCCAUUUCCCAGCAGGACCUUGUUCACAUGGCCAUCCAGAUUGCCUGUGGGAUGAGCUACUUGGCUCGCAGAGAGGUCAUCCACAAAGACCUAGCUGCCAGGAAUUGCGUCAUCGACGACAGUAUGCAGGUGAAGAUUACAGACAACGCCCUGGCUAGAGACCUCUUCCCCAUGGACUACCACUGCCUGGGGGACAACGAGAACCGGCCUGUCCGCUGGAUGGCCCUGGAGAGCCUGCUGCACAACGACUUCUCUAGCGCCAGCGACGUGUGGGCGUUUGGUGUAACCCUGUGGGAGCUCAUGACCCUGGGCCAGACCCCUUACGUGGACAUCGACCCCUUCGAGAUGGCAGCGUACCUGAAGGACGGCUACAGGAUAGCACAGCCCAUCAACUGCCCCGACGAACUGUUUGCGGUGAUGGCCUGCUGUUGGGCCUUGGACCCAGAAGAGAGACCUAAAUUUCAGCAGCUCGUUCAGUGCCUGACCGAAUUCCACGCAGCUCUCGGGGCGUACGUGUGAGAUCCAGGCCCAGGCAUUUUGCCACCAGCGGAAGAGCUGCUCGAGCAGACGUCGAACCCGAGCUGGAGUCCUGCUCAGACGAGCAUUCGACAGACACUUUGCGAACAGGAGGAUAUUUUGCAUUUCCGCUGCCUCUGAACAAUCUUUCUGACCUGGGGUGAGAACUUCAGAAUUCGCAGCUUGAGCCUCUUGAGCACCUCCCACGCGAAGUGUUUCUUCAUCACAGGCAGGAUUGUAGCGCAGCCCCCUGCUCAGCUUUACCACAUUCUUACUCAUUCUAAUGAGCAGAAGUACGUGAUACCAGUGUCGUUCUCGCAACUUUCUAAAAUUGGAUUUGGACUGUGAGCAUAUUUCUUGUUUUUGACGAUAGAUUUCCUGCGUGUCCCAUUUGGACUGUUUCUGUAUUGUGGGCAUAUAGGAUGGUAUUUCUUCUAUUCGCAGACGUUUCAAUAAACAGACUUGACAAAGUGAGUCCUCCCAAUAAGUGCCAAGCUGAUGGGCUCUCCCGGAUGGUCCAGAGAAGAAUCCCCAAAUGGGAGGAGCUUCCAAAUGCUAUCAUUGACUCACUGGGCCAAUCAGGAGUGCUGUACUGCAGAACUUUUUUACUGGUAAAAAUCAACAAACUGUUGAACUUUUAGCAGAAGCUCCGCCUGCCGAACUGUGUUUCAGGUGUGGGGUGAACUGUGUGCGUGCUUGCGUGCAUGCGUGUGCGCAUGUGGGGUUCUUGUUCCAGGCAACCAUUCAGGUACCAUAUAUGGAAUCCUGGCACGUGCCAUCUGACAAACUGUUACCGGAAAGUACCGGAAACCGUUUUCUACGGGGCAGCAAUAGCAGUGUACAGUGUAUAUUUCAGUUAAGAUAUUUCUACAAAAAAAACUAUAUAAUUUAACUUCUGAGCUGAAGCUGUUUUAGAGCAAUAACUUCUGUUUGUGGAUGAAUGUCCUUCCAAUUACUGUCGUUCUACUCCAGUCUCUGGUUUUAUUUUCUUGGGGUUUGGUUUUUUUUUUUUGGCUUCUGUGCAAAGAGGAACGUUUCCGAACACGUUUUUGUGCAUUUAGAACAAAGACUACAGUGUGUGAGAAUGCGUGAGUGUGCGUGUGUCUAAUCCGCUCCAGUUCACCAGCUGCCAGCGUCGAGAAGUGGAAGCAUGGCGUUCGACAAUCAAGUGCGCAGUGGGAUCUUUUCAGCAGCUGAGCAUAUUUGUAAAAGUGUGUAUUGUUUGGACUCGCUGGGACCGGUACCUUCAGCCUCCCUGUCCACGAGCUGCUCCGAGAACAGGACGACUGCGUCGUCAUGCCCCAGGACGCCCUUCUGUCCUCUUUCACCCUCCUAAAGUUCCUACACACUGUUGAUGUUGCUGUCAGAAGGUCCUGGGUUCAAACUCUAGUCCCCAGUAUCGAUACAGUAAGAGCACCCUGCUGUGUAAAAGGGUCAUUUGCCAAAUUAGCUUUGUAAUCGCCUUUAACAAAGGAGUCGUCUCAUUUGGUCCAUUUCUUAUUGGGUCAAAGGUUAAAGGUCAAGAGUUUGUGUUAAUCCUUCCUUAAUUCCCCCAUGUUUCACUCCCCUCUGACUGCUGUACUGAAGAUCAUAUGGUGUUGGAACUCAGCGGUUGUGUUCUACUUAACCAUCUGCACUCCCAAGCUAGGAACAAAUCAGCGGUGGUGGGAUAAACAUGUUGUCA